AGGGCAGGACCGCGUCCCCGGAGCUGCCUCAAGCAGCUAGCUCUUUAUUCAGACGGAGCAGUUUCUAUAUUUGGUUUAAACGCCAAAGAGAGGCUGGUUGAGUUUCGCCACUGAGGUUGCUCCAAGACCGCACGUGGAAAUCUGCGUCUGAAUCCGGAGGAAACGCAUCCAAGAAAGAGAAACCUGCCGACCCCCUCAGCGAAAGUGACGGACGGAGCAGAGCCUGAUCGCCGGGAUUUUUAUUUAUUUAUUUUUUUGCAUCAGUUUAGGAUAUUCCAGGCUGCUGCUUUGGCCCUGCCUGGAUUUCAUUCAGGGUAUAUCAACACAAAAAUUGCCUGAAUCAUAUUCCUAAACAUUUACGUUUGCAAUCUACAUUUUUUAAAAAAAAAAUUGUCUAUAAGAAGGAGACGGACCCGUGCGUAAUAACAGCGCUGGAUUUUUGGAAUACUGCGUAAAACAGUCCAGUUUUUCAUUGUUUGGAAGUAUCCUCAAGCGACAGAAAAGAGCGAGUGUUUCUUUUCACUUUGCUUUCAGAGGUUAAGCGCUGAAAAACGAGAAGCGCUUCUCGGUGCGCAAUCCUUCCGAGGACGCUUCUGAGAGACUCCGCCGACCUGCGCUCUUAACCUCCACAUUCUAUCGGCAGCCAAGUCGAGCUGAUAAAAGAGAGGGAAAAAAACAGAGGGCGAAGCUUAUUAACUUUGCAUGCUCAAGGCGAGAUUGUGGAAUCUUUAAUUUUUGCAUACCACUGGAAGACGAGGAUAAACUUAAUCAGCAUUGAAUCUUUGCAGAGAAGCAGCAGCGGCAGCUGGAUUUCUGGGGGGGAAAGCGGAAUGAAUCCUUUUUAAUUUGGCCCAAAGAAGAAUGAGGCAGAUUGCUUAACGAUUGCAUGGAGUUCUAGUCUGUAAUAAGGAACAAUUUAUGGUUGUCCGCAGAACUCCCCCGGUCGUAAUACUGUGCCCACCUCGCCAUGCUGGCCUGUCUGCAGAGGAGGCAGAACCCGCCGCCCCAGCACCCGGUGUGUGCCAGCAAGACCUUGGAGCCGCCGCAAGUCCUCGGACGGAAAUGUGACCUGGUGGUACCUUCACCUUCCUCACGGUACCCUACAGCAGCAGAACUCGAUGCUUAUGCUCAGAAGACGGCGAACAGCCCACUGUCCAUCAAGAUUUUCCCCACCAACAUCAGGGUUCCCCAGCACAAGCACCUUAACCGGACUGUGAACGGAUAUGAUACCACAGGGCAGCGCUACAGCCCUUACCCCCAUUUCCACACAGGAGGGUUCCAGGGUCUCCUUGCCAUUGUCAAGUCCUCAUCAUCGUCAUCCACCUUUGGUCAUUCCAAAGGUGUUCUCAAGAACUCAGAAGGCAGACGGACUAAGCUCUCUCCAGCUCACAUAGCUGUGGCCCCGUAUCCACCCCCUAAUAGUAGCACUUUAGCCAGCAGUCAUGGCCAAAUGGUAUACCACUCUGGGCCCUCAAAGCCUCCAGAAGGCUCUGGACAUUCAGUACCCCCAAAUGUCACUGUGGCUGGCUCUGUGAUUCCUGUAACCGGGGGCCGAGGCCUGUCCCUGCCUGCACAGUCUAAUCUCCCCUCCAUUCAGAGUAUCAUCUAUCAGAUCAACCAACAUUGCCAGGCUCAGGCCCUGCAGCAGGUGUGUCACGGGGCUUCCACUGCACCAACAAAUUCCAGCCCCUCCAAGCAGGUCACAGCAGUCAUGGGGGUCGGUUCGAGCUCCUCAGGUGGAGGCUAUGUCGUAGGAAUGGGUCCCCAGGCUAACAUGGUGUACACGGGAUCAGGGCUGCCAGCGCAAAGUGCAGAAGUAAUGAAGAGCGGCGUGUACGCGGAGGGUAUGGACUACAUCCUGUGGCAGAAACAACAACAGCAACAGCACCAACAGCAGCAACAACAGCAGGCCGUCCUCCGCAUGUACAGUGGAGGCAGCGGAGGAGGGGGCGCCAUCAGCAAGUCCCCCGAAACCUGUAUUCCAGGUGGGGGAAUCAUGGCGGCCCAGGUGUCCUCCUCCUCCUCUUCCAGACCUUACCACCUGACAGCGAGUGCCAGCGGCGGGGGUGGGCUUGACAAAGUCAGCUCUUCCCCUUUGAACUGUGUGGGCAUGCACGGGAAUUUCUCAGUGGGUCAGUACUUUGCACCACCGUGGAACAGUGUGCUGGUGACGCCCGACAGUGACUGCUACAACCCCCAGGAGCUGCUGGGCACCUCCACGGGAGGUCCGGCGACGGGCCACAGAGAAAUGGGCUAUCCUCACCACCAUCACCACUACCAUCAUCACCACCACCACCCUGCCGUUGACAGCGGUGGGGGUCUGUGCUGCAGCCUGCCCAGCAAGAGCCUGUGCAACACCUCAGUGCUGAGCAGCAGCCUGCAGUCUCUGGAGUAUCUGAUCAACGACAUCCACCCUCCCUGCAUCAAGGAGCAGAUGCUCGGCAAAGGCUACGAGACUGUGUCGGUGCCGCGGCUGUUGGACCACCAGCAUGCACACAUCCGCCUUCCUGUUUACAGAUAAAACGGACGGGUGGGAGGGAGAAGAGGAGGAAAUUAAUCAAGAAUUGUGAAUUUAUGAAGAAAAUCAAGACAGAGAUGCUAUGGGACUGUUGUGAGUGCCACAGCUUUAACGAUCGUGGCAUCUUAGAGAAGAGCAGUUGCUGUGCUGUGUAACCGUAGAUUUUCUGGUUUUAAAGCAGGCUGUGGGGGAUCCCUAACACAAGAGGUAGUAGUUACUGCCAGCGGGAUGGAAAAGGGAUUCCUAGAUUCUCCUGAUGUUCCAUUGUGUGGUUUGCCAAUAGGAUUUUUGGAUUAAUAAUUUUUUUUUUUUUGCUUUGUUGUUUUAUCUUCUUAAACAGUUUUUUUUUUUUAAUGAGAAUCAUAGCUUGACAUGAAGUGCAUACGCCACUUGUAUCUCCUCUCCAAAUACUAAGGAUGAAGCUACUGUGUAGGUUGUCACUGAAAUGGUCUUAAAGGGCCAGCGCUUAGGGCUGCUUUUAAAACCCAAAAGUCAGUAACAGUACAUACGUACAGAAAUGUGCUGAAAAAACCAGAAGAUUACUAGCAGUUCUAGGGUGUUCUUAUAAAAAGGAUCACAAGGUUGAAUCUAAAAGGGUAGUACAAUAUUAGUUAUUGUUGCUGUUAUAAUUGAUAAAUUAAUUGCACUGCUUGAAUUUUGUUAACUUUGAAGUUUGGAAUUGGGUAGUUUGGAUAUGAUAUAUUUAAGAAACUUGAAAAACUUGAACCUAUUUUUUGUUGUUUGAUAUAUUUGUAGGUAUAUUAUAUGUAUUGGCUGCUACAAGGAAAAGUGUCUCAACUGUUUUUUUUUUUUUAUCUUAUUCUAUUGUUUUCCUUUUUUCGUCACUAUGAUUUAAAAUUUCCUCCUUAAGCUGACGUGCAGUCUCUUAUGUUCUGACGUGAGACAGAGUUGCUGCUUUGGUUCUGUAAGAACCUGAACGGAGAGCUCUUUUUUUUUUCCUAACCAACACUGGAACCGACAAUAAAUUUCAAAAUACUUAUUUAAAAGAAAAAAUGUUGCAAAAAAUACGAAAAACAAAAAGAAAUGUUACAGUGAGGAAUGUGACUGGGAGGGAACAGAGAUAACUUUAUGUGUACGGCAGCUUGUAAAGGUGACGUUUGACAUUUUCGCUUUUCUUCACUGUUCGACCCCAAAUCUCAUAGGUUUUAUUUUGAUUCAUGAUUCAGAUCAAAACAAAGUUGUACCUAAUUGGGAACUGAUUUUACUUUUUUUUUUAUUACAAAGAAAUGACACUUAUUCUGUCCGUGUAGAAGAAAAGCAUACCUAUAUGAUGAAGCUGCCACCACAAGAGCAUGUUUACUGUGUCCCAUACACAGCUUCUGGCAAACUGCAGAUGAGAUCUAUUUUUUUUUUCAGCAAAGGGUUUCUUCUCAUUACCCUUACUCAGAGUUUGUGGAGCACAUGUCUAAUAAUUGUCUUGUUACCAGAUUUUGAUCUCCACCGCUCCUCCAGAGUUAACAUUGAUCUCUUGGCUGUUUUAUUUUAUUAAUGCUCAGUCCUCUGUGGCUCUUUCCAAAUGAAGAAUAUUUUUUUUAUAAUCUAAAUUUCCCAUCACUCAUUCUUUGACCUAUCUGCUUUAUUCUUGGUCUUCAUGUUUGUGUUCAAAUGUUCUCAAAAAACUCAUUUAUGAGGUCUUGAGCAGAUGACUGACAUGGAAUUAAACACAAGAGGCUCAAAAAUAUUUUAUCUUUUUACGUCACAAUCAUGCACUACUUUGUGUUGAUCUAUCACAUAAAAUCUCAAUAAAACGCCUUGAAAUUUGUGUUUGUAACACGAAAAAUGGUUUUAAUGUUAAAGGGAAUACCUUUACAAGGCGCUGUAUGUUGAAGCGUGUAUGCGGCAGAGUGCAUGUGUGUUUGUACCUUCUUAGUUUGCGUUCUUCAAAAUCCUCAGACUUUUUUUUAUUUUAUUGUGUGAUUACCAGACUUUUCCAGCGAGACUGACCGACUGAUUCAGCAGUCCCAUAAACAUUAUGACAAACAUUAUGACUGAGUUAUGUACAGGAGAUAACUUGCUUCUUUUUAUUGGAGGCUUUAGAUUUUCUGUGCAGGUGGAGUCAUUUGACUCCUUUAUUGCUGCACUUACAGCAGCUGUGAAAACAAAUUAGAUCGUGCUUUUGGGGUACUUUAUUGUUGCAAACGAGUACAAAACGAAAACAAUCAUGCCCUGUCUUUUUCUCUUUGUUACCCAUUUCAGCUACGGGUGGGCGUGCAGUUGGCCCAGGCCAGUCUUAACUUUGAUGAUUCAGAGCAGUGAAAUAUUCAUUGUGACUCUGAGAUUUCCCCGAAUGUACUGCACUUAAAUUACCACAAUAUGUUGUUGCCUUGUGGGACCCGAGCGGGUGAGAAAAAUUGUAUCAGUGCAGCGGCUCUCUGGUCUUAAAUUAGCAUUUCUUUUGUCAGUCAAAUUUCAGCGGCAAAUUGAAUUUAUUAACUGGACAGAAUGAGAGAACGGGGAGCUUUGUUGUGGAGAAAUACUGGCAUCGGUCUAGAUUUAUGAAGUGCAAUUAUAAUGACUGUAUUAACAUUUUUUUCUCUGAGCUUACACCAAAAAAAAAUGUAAUCUACAGUUUUCAAUACAUUCCCAAUGUACCACAUCCCCAAUCUUUAUCUCUGGUUUCUUUGUUUUGAUUUGUUCUAAGGUGUAAAAUAAAUUCCUUUAAGAAUAUA